AUGCUCCGAGGCAUCCGUCGUACUGUGUCUAGCCGGUCCGGUGAUACCAUGUCCAGCCACGCCGCUGUCUGCGAGGACACGGUGGCCGGUAGCUGCUGUAGCCCACGCCUGGUGCGUUGGCUGCGGGGCUCUCUUCCCGUCCUCCUCUGGACUGGUUACCUCUUGGUGGGUGCGGCUAUCUUCCAGGCCGUGGAGUAUCCUGAAGCCGAGCGGCAACGGGAAAUACAGGCCAAUCUGACGAAGACCACCAACAGUACCAUCGUACGGCUCUUCACAGAACUACUGGACAACAUGAACGAAACUAUGAAUGAUACCAAACAGAACAAGAUACUGACGGAGUUGGCCAUCAAUCUAAAGACGAUGUCAGACGAGACAGUGAACAUUACCCGGUGGGACUUCAUGAACUCCGCGCUAUUCUGCAUGACAGUGGUCUCGACAAUCGGUUAUGGAUUCUUGGCCCCCAAUACCCAGCUUGGACGCGGACUGUGCAUCAUAUACGCGCUGAUAGGUAUUCCGCUCAAUAUCAUCGUAAUGGCGUCGGCUGGCAGGGCUCUAGCACGGUACACCAGGUCCGUCAAUCGCAGUCUGAGGCAAACCUGGACGAGGUGCGCAUUUUGGAAGAAGAGGGUGGGGCCCAAGAUGGAGAGCUCAGCCCCGCCCCGAACGAGGUCGAAAGGGGAGGGGACAAAUGACCAGAGAAGACGCACGCACUUGCGCACUCUGUCUCUUAACAGAGAAGAGUUCUCGGACUGGAGUAAUCGGACCAGUGGUGAACAGACGACGACGGAGCGGGACGGGGACGAUGAUGACCGGGGGCUCGGGGUCACUGGAUCCCCGGAGCCAUGGAACGGUGACGCCCCGAUGGAUGCCAUUAGUGACACGAGCUCCCCUGCCUGGCUGUUUCUUUUCCUGGUGCUGUUGUACACCUGUUUCUUCUCAGCGGUCAUGGUCAUCACUCAGCCUGGUUGGACCGUGCUGGAUGGGUUCUAUUACAUCAUCAUCACCAUCACCACAAUCGGGUUCGGUGACUUGCAAACCUCGAGCAACAGUGAUGAGAACACCAGCCUCGCUUACUACUUGUUUGGUUGCCUAGCCAUCGUCAUCCCUGUGCUAGGCAUGAUUCUCUUGUCUGCAGGCAUCUCCAUCGUUGUCAACCAGUUUGGUAAGAAGACAAAAGCCAUUGAGGAAGUCGUGUGCGGUAGCUCCAAAACACGUGGAUAAAUCACUCAAAAUUGCC